AUGCCGAGAUAUGGGUUGAUUGUAACUGUAGUUUUCUUACUAUUUUGGUGCGGGACGGAGUUCAUUUGUGGCUUGCACAAUGUGAGCAAAACUGCACUAAAAGCUCGAGUAAAGGAGAUGUUUCUUCAUGCAUAUUAUAAUUACAAGAAUAAUGCAUUUCCUGCUGAUGAACUUAUGCCACUCAGUUGCAAGGGUCGUUACCGUUGGGAAGGUGUAACUAGAGGUGAUAUAGACGAUGCACUGGGUAAUUUUUCACUAACAAUGCUUGAUGGUCUCGAUAGUCUAUUCUUAAUCGGUGAAUUAGAUGAGUUCGAUUCUGCUGUAAAGGCUGUAGUAGAGACUGUGAAGUUUGAUUCAGAUGUUGAUGUUUCAGUUUUUGAAACAAAUAUUCGUGUUCUUGGGGGUUUAUUGGGAGCUCAUGUUGCUGCACUGGCAAUUAAAGAAACUAACAGUUCUCGAAUGAUUUGGUAUAAAGAUGAAUUAUUAAAAAUGGCUAUUGAUAUCGGAAAUCGAUUAUUACCUGCAUUUGAUACACCAACUGGUAUUCCCUACCCUCGAAUUAAUUUACGUUAUGGUUCUUCUGGUUUAAAAAAACAAGAGGAGAAUACAUGUACUGCAUGCGCUGGUACAAUGAUACUUGAAUUUGCUGCAUUAAGUCGAUUAACUGGUGAUCCAAUCUAUGAAGAGAAAGCAGCUAAAGCAAUGGCAUUUCUAUGGAAACAACGUAAUCGUUAUUCAGAUCUUGUUGGUCGGGUAAUUAAUGUACGCAAUGGGGAUUGGAUACGUCAAGAGUCUGGUGUUGGCGCUGGUAUUGACUCCUAUUAUGAAUAUUUAUUUAAGGCGUAUAUACUACUCGGUGAACCAGUCUACCUGCAUCGUUUUCAAACACAUUAUGAAGCAGUGAAUCGAUAUGUUGGUGGACCACAAUCAGCUGAAUUCCCCUUCCUAUUUUUGGAUGUACAUAUGCAUCGGCCAGCUCAGCGUGCAAGAACAUUUAUGGAUGCCUUAUUGGCCUUUUGGCCUGGUCUACAAGUUCUUACAGGUGAUGUAAAACGUGCAGUUGCAUUACAUGAAUUAUUAUACUUAAUACAUAAACGUAAUAAAUUAUUACCUGAAGCAUUUACACCAGAUUUUAAUGUUCAUUGGGGUCAACAUUUACUUAGACCAGAAUUGAUUGAAUCCACCUAUUUGUUAUAUCGUGCUACAGAAGAUCCAUAUUAUUUACAAGUUGGUGAACAAAUUGUUAAUGAUUUAGAAAAGUAUACACGUGUACCAUGUGGUUUUGCAGCAAUUAAGGAUGUACGUACUAUGGAGCAUGAAGAUCAAUUCGAUUCAUUUGUACUAGCUGAAACCUUUAAAUACCUCUACUUAUUAUUCGCUGAAUCCUCUGAUCUACCAAUCAAUCUAGAUGAUUAUAUUUUUACAACAGAAGCACAUCUUCUCCCAUUGAGUUUAUCACGUCAUCCAGUGACAACAUCCUCUUCAUUGAAUAGAAUUGUCAAGAAUAUGCCACAGAAUGCAAGUAUUCCAGUGUCUACUUCUUCUUCGUCAUCUUCCUCUUCCUCUUAUUUAUCUGCAUCGAUGUCCUCCUCUACCGUCAAAUCGGCACCUGAUCAUCAUGGGGAUAGAGAUGUCAGAGUUGAAAGGUUAUUACGCAGUGCAGCUCAAUGUAUGGCUGUUGGCUAUGAACAAAUGCAGCAUAGGCAUACAAUGAAAUGUCUGUCGUCUAACAAGAAGAAAAAUAAUCAGGAGACUAAGAAAGCUGAAGACGACAACAUCAAGAAGAAGAACAACAACAACGACGAGGCUGAUAAAGUCGCCAACAACAACAAGGACAAAGUCAGCGGGGCUACUACCACUACGACUCUGAGUGAUGCUGAUUGGCACUUGAAAGCCACUUGUCAUAUCUCUGAAACACCGAAUCUUUUCUAUCGUUAUUGUGUUAAAAAAUUACCAAAAUGUCAUAAUACUGAUGAUGUCGUGCUGAAGUAUGUUUUCUCUAAAUCGCAUGUUUGGCGUAUUAUUGAUUCAAUACGUCAACCAUUACGUCAGAUCGCUAGUAAUUUGGAUUAUCAAUCAAGGAGCGAUCAUGCCACUGCUACUACUACUUCUAGUAAUAAUAAUAAUGUGAGAGACCAGUCAUUUCUACCCUUGAAAGCAAUGGAUUUUCAACCUGAUAAUACAGACCAUUUGAAUACACUGAGACGUAUGGGUAUUUCGUUAUCAUUUAGUCAAAAUGGUCAGAUAACACUGACACAUCAACACAAUCUGGCUGAAGAUUCUGAUUUGGCUGCUGCAGGUAUUCUCUUCAUACAAGAGUUGAUUGCUUUAACUAACAGGAAGUAUAGUUUCAGUGUUUGUUUAUUAGAUAUAUCACAUAGUGAAACAGUAUUAGUAUUUACUGGAUAA